CCCCAGCCGUCCUCGCGCAGCUCGCACCCGCGGAACUGUGGCUGCGGUUCGGAGCGGGUUCGGGGCCUGCUUGCCUUGAAUGAACUGGAAGGGUUUCCAAGCAGGUCGAUUCGGAGACAUGUCAGCGUCGAUAAAAGAAAGCCUUCAGCUUCAGCUGCUGGAGAUGGAAAUGCUGGUUUCUAUGUUCCCUAACCAAGGAGAAUUAAAACUUGAAGAUGUGAACGCCCUAAGGAACAUAAAGAGGUACCUGGAAGGCACUAGGGAGGCGCUCCCGCCCAACAUCGAAUUUGUGAUCUCACUCCAAAUAGAGGAGCCCAAGGUGACGAUUGACUUGCAAGUGACCAUGCCUCACAGCUACCCAGACGUGGCUCUGCAGCUGUUUGGACGGUCACCAGAGCUUGACAGGCAGCAGCAGCUUCUCCUCAACCAAGAUCUCACUGCUUACCUACGGACCUUUGAUCCAGGCGAGCUGUGUGUCUGUGCAGCGAUCCAGUGGCUGCAAGACAACAGCGCAUCCUACUUCCUCACCAAGAAGCUGUCGGAUGAGCCGUCCGCACAAGCAAAGCCAGUUAAGAACACCUUCCUCCGCAUGUGGAUCUACAGCCACCACAUCUAUCAGCAGGACCUCAGGAAGAAGAUUCUGGAAGUGGGGAAAAGGUUAGAUGUGACUGGCUUUUGCAUGACGGGAAAGCCUGGUAUCAUCUGUGUGGAGGGCUUCAAGGAUCAGUGUGAGGAGUUCUGGCACACCAUCAGGUACCCCAACUGGAAACACAUCUCCUGCAAGCACGCUGAGAGCAUGGAGACAGAGGGGACUGGGGAAGACCUGCGCCUCUUCCGUUCUUUCGAGGAAUUACUCCUCGAUGCCCACGGUGACUACGGCCUGAGGAAUGAUUACCACAUGAACCUGGGCCAGUUCCUAGAGUUCCUCAGAAAACACAAAAGUGAGCACGUUUUUCAGAUACUAUUUGGUAUUGAAAGCAAAAGUUCAGAGUCCUAGGACUCUACUAAAAUGUCUAUGCUUGUAAUUGUACUAAGUAUUUAUGUUACUAAGACCAAAAUAAAAAGGCCAAUGACUAUAGAAUGCUGGGUGAAAAACCUAGCUCUAGAAAAUUCUGUCUGCUAAUGAAGCAAACAGGUCAUUUGACUUUCCAUCAGUGUAACUGUGUUGUUGUUUCCGAGUUGCUGUAUAAAGUCACGUGAAUACCAUUUCAUUAUAAAGUUAAUAAAACAAUAUAUUCAACCAGAGAAACUUGGCUCAACAAGU